UGGUCCCGCCGAGGAGGGGUGGGAGAGGGCUCGGCGAGGCAGUCCUUUCGGCUGUAGCUGGGCACCGCGGUAAGACGCAGCACCGCUCCUCUCCGAGCACCUGGCCGGCCCUCCGCCUCGGCCAGCAUGGAUUUCAGGGAAAUCCUCUUGAUAGCUUCCAAGGGACAAGGUGUCAACAACGUACCGAAAAGGUACAGUUUGGCAGUGGGGCCUCCCAAAAAAGACCCAAAAGUUAAGGGUGUCCGAUCUGCAGCUGUACAAGCUUUUCUCAGAAGAAAAGAAGAGGAGCUCAGAAAAAAAGCCUUAGAGGAGAAAAGGAGAAAAGAAGAACUAGUGAAAAAGCGAAUUGAGCUGAAACAUGACAAAACAAGAGCUAUGGCCAAGAGGACAAAGGAUAAUUUCCAUGGUUACAAUGGGAUUCCUGUUGAAGAAAAAUCAAAGAAGAGGCAGACAUUGGAAACCCACACUAGCCAGAGAGCAGACCAGGAGUAUGAGAUGGACGAAGAGGAUGAAUUCUUAGAAUACAAUCAAGCAGAGUUAGAGCAGGAGUAUGAGGAAGAACAAGAACCUCCCAAAGUUGAAAGCAAACCAAAGGUCCCCCUUAAAAGUGCCCCACCACUCAUGAACUUCACUGACCUCCUCAGGCUGGCUGAGAAAAAGCAAUACGAACCAGUGGAGAUUAAGGUAGUGAAGAAAACGGAAGAGCGGCCUAUGACUGCCGAAGAACUUAGGGAGCGAGAAUUCCUUGAGCGAAAGCAUAGGAAAAAGAAAGCUGAGACAGAUAUAAGACUACCUCCAACUAAAAAGGCACCCCCUCAAAAAGAAAGUAUGGGCACAAAACUUAGCAAAGGUUCUGGGGACAAGCAUCCUUCUUCCAAGGGUACUCCCCUUCCUCAUGCUGAGAAGAAAUCCAGACCCAGCACAGCCAAUGAAAAACACAUAGGUUUAUCUUCAUCCAAAUCCAUGCCAGGAGAGAGGACCAAAACAGGACUUGGCAAUUACUCCCAACCCCCACUUCGUGAGGGCCAUGACAGACCUGUUUUCAAUGGGAUUGGAAAGCCCCACUCCAGCACUUACUCACCAAGUGUCCCAAAGACUUCUGCUAAAGGGACUCAGAGAUCUGCUACUGAGCACAAAACCAAAAAAUCUCAUCCUAGCCUUUCCAAACCUGGGCCUAUGGUCACCCCAUACAAUAAGACUAAGAGUCCAAGUGUCAGGCAGCCAGGCAGCAGCUCUAGCUCAGCCCCUGGGCGACCCAGCACUGGGACUGGUCGGCCCGUAGUCAAUUCUGGCCCCGUGGUCAGGCGCCAGAAUGGCACCUCCAGCUCAGGACCUGAGCGAUCAAUCAGUGGAACCAAGAGGCCAGCCAGUGACUUAAAUCCCUCUGGACGGACAGUCGAUGGUACAAGUGGCCCUGGACGACCUGCAAGCAGCUCAGGUGGCCCUGGGCGACCCAUCAGUGGCUCAGGUGGUUCUGGCAGAUCUGUGAGCAGCUCUGGUGGCCCUGGGCGGCCUGUGAGUCGUCCACAUGACCUUCGUCGACCAGUGAGUGGCCCAGGCCCCCAUGGGCAGUCACUUAGUGGCCCUGGGCGAUCAGUAAGUGGCUCAGGUGCAGCUGGAAGAACUGUCAGUAUUUCAGGCUCCCAAAGACCAGUGAGCAGCUUGGGACCUGGGCGAACAGUUAGUAGCUCAGGUCCCAGCUUGAAGCCCAAGUGCACUGUUGUCUCAGAAACAAUUUCUUCUAAGAAUAUAAUUAGCCGGCCCAGCAAUGGACAGAUGAAUGGAAUGAGACCUUCCUUAUCUGGCUACAGAUCUGCCCAAGGUCCUCAAAGGCUUCCCUUCCCUAUUGGUUACAAAAGGCAUCGAGAUUAUGAAGAUGAGGAAGAGGAGGAAUAUGACUCUGAAAUGGAAGAUUUCAUUGAAGAUGAAGGAGAACCUCAGGAAGAAAUAUCCAAGCACAUUCGGGAAAUCUUUGGUUAUGACCGCAAAAAAUACAAAGAUGAAAGUGACUAUGCCUUACGUUACAUGGAGAGUAGUUGGAAAGAGCAGCAGAAGGAAGAAGCAAAGAGUUUAAGACUGGGUAUGCAAGAGGACUUAGAAGAAAUGAGACGUGAAGAAGAAGAAAUGAAACGCCGAAAGACCAAGAAGCUAAAGAGGCAUUAGCUGCUGCUUUUAUUUAUUUUUGUGAAAUUCUAGAGAUAAUCUAUAAGGAAGUCCUGCCUUCUGACUGAAGAAGCCCCCUCAUCAUUUUAGUUUUCUAUUUAGGUACUCAAGGAGAAGGAAUGCAUACUGUCAUUUGCAGGCAAUCAUUUGAGCAUAGAGUAUUUGCAAAUACUUUCCAGGGUAAAAUCUGUAAUGCAGAUGAUAAAAUGCCCAGUGAGUGCUCCGAUGAAGUUAACUGUUCACAGGUGCCAGCCUUGCUCCUGAUGAGCUAUGCACUCUGCUGUGGGGCCACUCAGCAGUCAGCCAAUCUCUUGUUCCUUUGCUGCUUUAAAAAGGAGAAAAAAAAAAAAUUGCCCCUUGACUUCCAUAUUUCUGCUGAUGUAUGAGUCAGGCACUGUCUGGCUCCAAAACUUAUUUUGUCUUUUUAUCAGGAACCUGGCCCUUCUGUGAAAGUUGCCAGCAAUAAAGUGACCUGUC